AUGACUAGGUCUCCCAGUGAUUAUGCUUGGCAUUAUCCUGACAGGGGGUACAAACGAGGACGCAACAUUCAUACUGGAGAACGAUCAUUUCAGUGUGAAAUAUGUUUGAAAUUUUUCUCCACAUCAAGUAAAUUGAACGUUCAUGAAAGACGUCAUACUGGAGAAAAGCCAUUUAAUUGUGAAACUUGUUUGAAAAGUUUCAUAACUAGAAGUGAAUUGAAUAUUCACAAACGAUUUCAUACUGGAGAAAAACUUUUGAGUUGUGAAAUCUGUUCAAAAUCAUUUGUUUAUGAAAAUUAUUUGAAGGAGCAUGAAAGUACCCAUACUGGAGAAAAGCCUUUCGAUUGUGAAAUUUGUUUGAAAAGUUUUGUUUCUAAAUGUAGAUUGAAUGAACAUAAAAAAAUUCAUUCCGGAGAAAAACCAUUCAAGUGUGAGAUUUGUUCGAAAAGUUUUUUUUUUAGAAGCAGAUUGAAAGAGCAUGUGAGUACUCACACUGGAGAAAAGCCAUUUGUUUGUGAAAUUUGUUUGAAAACAUUUAUUUCUAAAAGUAGUUUGAACGUUCAUAAAAAAAUUCAUACUGGUGAAAACCUGUUCAAUUGUGAGACUUGUUCAAAGUUUUUCAUUUCCAAAAGGGAAUUCAAAGAGCAUGAAAAUAUGCAUACUGGUGAAAAACCAUUUACUUGUGAGAUUUGUUCAAAAAGUUUUAUCACUAAAAGGAAACUGAAAUUUCAUGAAAUAAUUCAUACGGAAGAAAAACUAUUCAAUUGUAAAGUCUGUUCAAAAUUAUUUAUUUGUAAAAGUAAGUUGGAAGAGCAUGAAAAACAUCAUACUGGGGAAAAACCAUUUUGCUGUGAAAUCUGCUUGAAAUCUUUUUCUCAAAUUGGUAAAUUUGAAGCUCAUCAAAGAAUUCACAAUAGUUUUCAAUGUGAGGUAUGUUUAAAAUCUUUUUCUGCAAAGAGUAAAUUGGAAACUCAUGAAAGAACUCAUACAGGUGAAAGGCCAUUCAGUUGUGAAAUCUGUUCAAAAUCUUUCACCCAAAAAGGCAGUUUGGAUUCCCAUAAAAAGACACAUAGUGGCGAAAAAAAUUUUCAAUGUGGGUUGUGUCCAAAAUCAUUUCUGUAUAAGGGUAAUUUGAGAGUUCAUGAAAAAACGCACACGAAGGAAAAACGAUUCGAAUGUGAAACCUGCAAAAAAUGUUUCAUUACCAGUAGUGACUUGAAAAGUCAUGAAUAUACUCAUUCUAAGAAAAAACCCUUUCAAUGUAAAAUCUGCACAAAAAGUUUUUCUAGAAGUAGUUAUUUAAAAUUGCACCAGAAUAUCCACACAGGAGAAAAGCCAUAUAGUUGUAAAUUUUGCUCAAAGUGUUUUGCUCAAAGCAGUACUUUGAAAUAUCAUGAAGGUACUCACAUUAGAAAAAACAAUCCUGAUAAAAAUUGAUUUUGUUUUGUAAGUAGGAUGGAUAUUUUGUAAAAUAACUCAUUUUAAUAAAGUUGGAUUUCAUUAAGGAAA